AUGUCUUCCGUACGAUUUGUUUCCACCCACAAAAAGCCGCCUUUCGGUGGCUGUCACCAAGUUGAAAUCAAGGUCGGUAGACUGAUUCCUCUCUUAGCGCAGAAGGGAAGGAAGUGGCAGAGAGUCUCUGACCUGGUACCAGGUCGCAAGGUCGAAGUCGUAAUAAUGGAUUCCGACAAAGAAUUUCUGAUUCCUUCUACACCACUGCACGACCGAUUCAAAAUUACAAUGGCCGAACAUAAGGCUAUCUACGCAACUCUAGGACUAGGCCCAAAUGCCUCCGAGUUCAGAGGCAAGCCUAGUCCAGAAGUGGAUGCUGCAUGGGACCGCGUGACGCAAACAUAUCUCUAUCCGAUGACGAAGGAAGAAGUAAUCAAGAUGGGGAAUGACCCAGAAUAUGCAGUCCUCAUGCCUGAAGAAAUGGGGUUUGGAAAAGGUCAUUAUGCCGGAUUCGCAGACGUUGAACACAAGAUCCACUGCUUAGACGUUUUGCGCAAAGAGAUUUACUCAGAUUACUACGGCGAAAAGAAGUCCCCUCUUUGA